AUGCCUUUCUGGUGCCUCAAAGUUGGUCUUCUUGUGACAGUAUGGUGUGUGUCUGUUUUGUGGUGCGAUGUUCAAAGUGCAUCAAUACUGCAGCGCCAGGGUUCUGUUCUGGAGGUUGUGUUCUUCACGAACUUUGUGGGUUGUUUCUUUACAACCGGAGCAUGUCUCCUUCUAAGGCGCGGUUCCUUUACUGAUAUGCGAUCCUUGGCAUGUACAUUGUAUGAGAGGCCAAUGAUGUGGAGACUGCUCUUGUCGGUCGCUUCUGUCAACGUUAUGGCAACGUGGUGCAUGUUUCUGAGCUUUACCUUUUCCGGGAUGACGCAUGUCUAUGCAGUGAAGACGACUGAGCCACUUUUAAUGUGUCUUCUUUCUAUGGAAUGCACGCAGAAAUUGAUUAAAAAUGCCUUGUCGAAAGGUAGAUCGGCGAAAGAUCCUUUUGCAGACGUUGAGGAGUAUCCAUUGUCAACGAAGUUGAUCACCUUUAGGACUUGGAUGUGUGUUCUUAUUGUAUGUAUCGGUGCAUUUUUGACUUCUGGGUCAUUAAAGCGCAACACCAAUACAUCCUUUGGCAUACUUGUGCUGUUGUUUACUUACUCUCUUGUGCUUGUCAGCAACUGUGCUCUGGCUCUCAGAACCACAUUGAUGAAGCCUUUGCUACAUGUGUUACCGGACGAGAGCAGUGUCUUUUCUUCUUGUUCAAUUUAUGUCUUCAUGUCGAUGCUGGGUUCAUCUGCUCUUGUUCUGCCGGUCUUGGUGUACCGAGGGAAGCAUCUGUUAGAAUAUGACAUGGACACCUGGAAGCAGUUUCUGGUCGUUGGAUUAAGUUACGGUACGUAUCAAGCCUGUAAUGGUAUGGUUCUGUUUCAUGUUACUCCUUUGGCUUAUAGUAUCUUGAAACAGGUUCGGGUGGUGUUGAUAUUCUUUUUUUCCCUGUACUACUUCGGGAAAGAAAUUGAAAGUACCAGUCAACUUUUCAUCGGCUUGAUUUUGUUGUUUUCCGGUACUUAUUGCUACGCUGCCGUUUAG